AUGAUGCUAACACAUGUUAAAGGACCGAAAAGCUAUGAUGAAAUAAAGACAGUAAACAAUGUUAAGUACGAUACUUUCCGUGAUGCAUGUUUUGCUAUGGGAUUUAUUGGUGAUGAUCGAGAAAUCAUAUCUGCAAUGACAGAAGCAUUUCAUUGGGGUUCUGGACAUUAUUUGAGAUUACUUUUUAUUCACAUGUUAUUGUCAAGUAGCAUUAAUAGGCCUAAGCAUGUCUGGAGUAAAACUCGACAUCUGUUAUCUGAUGGAAUACUUUAUUCUCAGCAAAGGAUUGCAAACAACAGAGGUCUGCGGUUAACAAAUGAAGAAAUUCUGAAUUUAACAUUGGUUGAAAUUGAAAAACUUCUUCGGCGAAGUCGAAAGAGUUUAAGUGAUUUCCCUGGAAUGCCAAAACCACAGGAUGAACAAAGAGAUGUUUUCAAACAAAUCUUGACGGCUGUUGAUACCCAGAACGGAGGCGUAUUCUUUCUGUAUGGAUACGGCGGUACAGGCAAAACAUACAUGUGGAGAACAUUAGCUUCUUACAUAAGAUCAAGAAGAAAAAUAUGCUUGACAGUUUCCUCUUCAGGUAUUGCAUCCCUGUUGCUCCCUGGUGGUCGAACGACACAUUCUAAAUUUAAGAUUCCAAUUCCCACACAUGAAUCUUCGACAUGCGACAUUAACAAGGGUAGUGACAGCGGGGACUUGCUAAAAGUAUCAAAAUUGAUUAUUUGGGAUGAAGCUCCUAUGUGUCACAAAUUUUGUUUUGAAGCUUUGGAUAAAACCCUCAGAGACAUCAUGGGUGGAUCCAGGUCAUCAGAUGAAAUAUUUGGUGAUAAGGUAAUUGUGUUUGGUGGCGAUUUCAGACAGAUUCUACCAGUUAUUCCAAGAGGCGGUCGUUCAGAUAUAAUUCAUGCAACUAUCAAUUCAUCAUACAUUUGGGUUCAUUUUAAGUCAAGGGCAAUAUUGGCUGGAACAAUUGAGACAGUAGAUGAAAUAAAUCACUAUGUAUUAGAUAAUCUCCCAGGGGACGAAAAGGAAUACUUAAGCUCUGAUUCACUCGAUACGCAUGAUGGCCUUCCUAAUCAUAAGAUCAUAUUGAAAGUAAAUACUCCAAUCAUGCUGCUCAGGAAUAUUGAUCAAGCAGAAGGUUUAUGCAAUGGAACACGUCUAAUUGUUACAAGAUUGGCUGAUCAUGUUAUUGAAGCCAAAAUAAUUUCAGGCAAGAACAUCGGCGGUAUCAUUUAUAUUGCACGAAUGGACAUUACUCCAACGCAAUCGCCAUGGCCAUUCAGGAUGACACGAAGACAGUUUCCUAUAACGGUCUGUUAUGCUAUGACUAUUAAUAAAUCUCAAGGUCAGUCGUUGGAUCAUGUUGGCAUAUAUUUGCUGAGGAGCGUGUUCAGCCAUGGCCAGUUUUAUGUUGCAGUUUCAAGAGUAAAGAGCAGAAAAGGCCUUAAAAUCUUGAUCCAUGACAAGGAUAAACAUCCAUUGACAACCACAACAAAUGUGGUCUUCAAAGAAGUGUUUGAAAAUUUGUAG